AAGUAACCCGGUGCUCUGAGCGAGUGUGUCCCAGGAUGAGCAUGUCUAGCAGGAAAUUAGCGCGUAAUUCCGUGUUUUUAAAUCAUUAGAAACUAUUGUAGCUGUGUCGUGUAUCCCCACGACACACGAGGAAUAUACCUGUGUUAAAUCAACUCUGACGUUUUGUCAUUGUCGUCAACCGCGCGGAAUGUUAUCGAACAUCAACUCUUGUGUAAUAACAGGGAUUUUGAGGUGGUCGCCGGGCAACGUCGGGGCAACUCGUGCUCCCCUUUCCUCCAGAUGUCACAAAAAGACGACUCUGAAAAUGACAUCUGGGAGUAUAAGCCUCUGGAGAAGAAGAAGAAGAGGAGACAGAAAUCACCUGCUGCGGUCACAGCUGUCACUAAGAGAAGAUGUGCUCCCAGGAAACCCUCUAAGAGGGACAGCGCUGCCUCUGUCGACACCCUCGAAAGGACUGAAGAAGUCAAAACCGGCGUAGAGACACACUCUCCGACCUCAGACUUACCUCCUGCUUGUGAUGACACAGUCCAAACAGGGGGCAGACCGUCCUCUGGACACUUCUGUCCCAUGUGUCAGAUGCCCUUCUCCGUCCUGGUGGUACAGACUCAGAGGUGGCACGUUGCUGAAUGUCUCGACACCUGCAGAGACACAUGCAAAGAGUGUCCAGAUGGUCUGCAGUGCUCUUCCACCAUCCCGAACCAUUACAAGAAUUUUAACCACACACUUCUGGCCCACAGUCGAGCAAGCGGUGACCCGGCCUUCCCCGGUCUGUCCCCGCAGGCGUCGACCAGCGGGGAGACGAGCAUCAGUCGUCUCCCUGGUUUAACAAAUAGUGAGGUGGAGGACCCUGCAUUAGAGACUUCACGGGAUAGCGCCGUCAGUCUUUCUGCCUUAUCCCCUCGCAAUCAGAACACCGGAACACCUCCGUCUCAACGUUCAAAUGGACUUCUGUUACUGCGCUCACCUGGCCCAGAGGAUUUAAAGAAAAAGAAAGGUUGGUCAUCUUCUGCCAAAGCCCACAAGUCUAUCAGUGCUUCCCAAGAAAGUAAAACAGAGCUAUCAUCCACUCCGGUAAAGGAAGACAGUGGAGGACAAGCUUGUGAAGGUUUCCCAAAAUAUGAGCCUCCUCCCGAAAACGACGACGCCAUAUCCUACUCGCCUCUCUCCGAGUUCCCCUCAGAGACUGAAGUCAAUAACAGAGAGUGUAGAAAAGUCCUUUUUAAGAGCGAUGCGUAUGAAAAUGGAGAUGAAGUCUCCAUGACACUCUUUAAUGACAGCUUUUCAAGUGAAGAUGAGCUCCUAACUCAAUUCAUGGAUGAUUUUGAAACCAAUGGUGUGUCAGUAGAAGAGCCAUCAACGUCAAACAUCCAGCUGGAGUCCGUUACCUCAUUAGCAUCCACUAAUCAGCCGGCUGCAGCGACAGUUGCUGAAAACGGAGCAGAUGAGGAAGAAGCUCGUGGUAAAGCUGCCAGUGCCAUCACUAUCUUUCAGUCUCCACAGAGUGUUGUUUUAGAGCGCCUGAGAGAAACUCUCCUUAGCUCAGAUAACCUGCAUGACAACAGUUUGAAUGACAGUAUUCAGUCGCAGCAGCCUCACGCAAAUUCUCAAGCCUCCACUGUCCAAAUAUCUGAAACCAUGCCACCGCAGAAGGGCCAGAGCAAAGGCGGUCAGGCUUCCUCUCUCAAGCAGACGGACAUUGGAGUGUUCUUUGGCCUCAAACCCCUCAAGGAGAAGGAGGCAGAGAGUGGACCAAAUCAGCUCGGCGGCGCCCCCUCCAUCCCGGCACUUGGCAAGAACUCGGGACAGAGGAGAGAAAGGAGAGACAGGCAGAGGAAAAGUAAAGCCGACACAACCACGGAUGCCUCACAGGGGACGGCGGCUGCAGAUGGCGCUGACGUAGCGAGUGCUCGGGGAGAAGCGAGGAGAGGUUGGACCAGAGGAUGGGGAAGAAGCAGGAACAGAGUGAACGCUGAUGGAGAGGUAGAACGACCACGCUGUCCUUUCUACAAGAAGAUUCCAGGCACAAAGUUUGUCAUAGACGCCUUUAAUUAUGGGGAGAUCGAGGGCAUCACCGCCUACUUCCUGACACAUUUCCACUCGGACCACUACGGAGGAUUGACCAAGAAAGACACUUUUCCAAUCUACUGUAACAGAAUUACAGGGAACCUGGUGAAAAGCAAACUGAAGGUGGCAGAGCAGUAUGUCCACAUCCUCCCCAUGAACACGCAGCUGACUGUGGACGGAGUCGAGGUCAUCCUGCUGGACGCCAACCAUUGUCCAGGAUCUGCCAUGCUGUUGUUCUUCCUGCCCGACGGACAGACGGUCCUGCACACUGGAGACUUCAGAGCCGAUCCCUCGAUGGAAACCUACCCUGAGCUACUCGACUGCAGGGUGCAGACGCUUUACCUGGACACCACCUACUGCAGCCCUGAGUACACCUUCCCCAGACAGCAGGAGGUCAUCAACUUCGCAGCCAACAGAGCCUUUGAACUGGUGACGCUCAACCCACGAACACUUGUGGUGUGCGGAUCCUACUCUGUAGGGAAAGAGAAGGUCUUUCUGGCCCUAGCAGAGGUCCUGGGGUCUAAAGUUUGCCUCUCUAGAGACAAAUACAACACCAUGUGCUGUCUGGAGUCGGAAGAAAUCAGACAACGUAUAACCACCGACUGGAAGGCCGCCCAGGUCCACGUGCUACCCAUGAUGCAGCUCUCCUUCGACAAACUGCAGCAUCACCUGGCGCGGUUUUCUCAACAGUACGAUCAGCUGGUUGCCUUUAAACCCACGGGCUGGACCUUCAGCCAACAGGUGGAGUCGGUGGGAGACAUCCAGCCGCAGACCAGCGGCAACAUCUCCAUUUAUGGAAUCCCGUACAGUGAACACAGCAGCUUCCUGGAGUUGAAGCGUUUUGUCCAGUGGAUCCAACCUCUCAAGAUCAUUCCUACGGUCAACAAUGGCAGCUGGUCGAGCAGGAAGGCAAUGGAGAAGUGCUUCCGUGAAUGGCUCACAGAAACAAAAGCCAAACUGUAGCUUAAUUACCAGUAAUCUGUGUUUUUUUAUUCUGCUGCUUAUUGGUAAUGAGAGCAAACAAAUUAAUUUUCAUUCAUUCAAAUGCCCACGGGGAACAAAUGCAUUUUAACACUUGAGUGCUGCUAGCAUUUCCACACUGAUAAAAAAAGGUAUAAAGGUUUUACUUUAAUCCAUACUUUUAUCAUGAACCACAAUUGCACCCACAAGUAUUCUUCACGGGAACUGAAUUAAAGGGGCAGUAAGUGAUUCGAAAGCAAUACACGUUUUGUAAAAUUCUGCGAAUGUUUUGUCACGGUCCGCCAGCUGACGGUUAUGUGUUUGUGCCAGACAAAAAUCCGGCAGUCCUGGCUCUGUAAAAUUAAAAUUUACAAAAUGGUGCCGGCCGCACCUCACACGUUUUGGCCUAGUGGUUAGCGCGUCGGUCUCGCAAACCCUAGGCUGCGGGUUCGCGGCCUACAACAAAGAGAGGGAGCAGCACUCUCCGAAAUCGCUUACUGCCCCUUUAACUGGAUGUGUGGAUUAUAUUAUAUAUAAUACCACUUUGUCGCCAACAUUUUAAGUUUUGCUAUGAAACGUUACAUUUCUUGUUUCCUAAUGUAUGCAAUAAUGUAAUGUAAAUUUUAUGAUGAAAAAAAUAAAUGUUUCAAUCAUUCUUUUAACAUUUUA